AUGUACGAUACAUUUGACAAUACAUAUCAGGCCACUAUUGGUAUCGACUUUUUAUCCAAAACCAUGUAUUUAGAAGAUAGAACUGUUCGUUUGCAAUUAUGGGACACCGCUGGCCAGGAACGAUUCCGAAGUUUGAUUCCAAGUUACAUCAGAGAUUCAUCGGUCGCAGUGGUUGUUUAUGACAUUACCAGCCGAACUUCGUUUCAAAAUACUUCGAAAUGGAUUGAGGAUGUGCGUGCAGAACGCGGAUCAGAAGUCAUUAUUGUGCUUGUUGGUAACAAGACGGAUUUGAACGAUAAAAGAGAGGUUACUUUAGAGGAAGGCGAAAAGAGAGCAACUGAGUGCAAUAUAAUGUUUAUCGAAACUAGCGCAAAAGCUGGUCAUAAUGUCAAGGCACUGUUUAGAAGAAUAGCACAGGCAUUACCAGGAAUGGAUUCUGAUACUGGCGGAGGCAAAGAGCAAAUGCAAAAAGUAGAUUUGAAUACUUCAGAUAGCACGGAAUCAAGCAGUUGUGCAUGUUGA